AUGGCUGCCAGUGGAGAGGUAGGCAAGCUGUUACAAGUACAAAAUGGGACACCUCCAGCCACCAACUACAACGGGGUAGAUGCUGUCCACGCUUGCAACAUCCUUCAGCAGCUCAAAGCUUUGUACGAUGAAGCACAACUCACAGAUAUUGUCGUAGAAGUGGACCACGGCAAGACUUUCUCGUGCCACCGGAAUGUUCUUGCAGCCAUCAGCCCAUACUUUAGGUCCAUGUUCACCAGCGGCCUUACAGAGAGCAGCCAGCGUGAAGUCAGAAUUGUGGGCGUGGAAUCUGAAUCCAUGCACCUUGUCCUUGACUAUGCCUACACCUCCAGAGUCGUGCUCUCAGAGUCCAACGUCCAGGCUCUGUUCACGGCAGCCAGCAUUUUCCAGAUCCCUGCUCUGCAGGACCAGUGUGCCCAGUUUAUGAUCAGCCGACUUGACCCUCAAAACUGUAUAGGCGUCUUCAUGUUCGCAGAUGCAUAUGGACAUCAGGAGUUGAGGGAACGCUCGCAGGACUACAUCCGCAAGAAGUUCCUGUGUGUUUCAAGGGAGCAAGAAUUUCUCCAGAUGACCAAGGAGCAGCUGGUCAGUAUUCUAAACAGCGAUGACUUAAAUGUGGAGAAGGAAGAGCACGUCUACGAGAGCAUCGUCCGCUGGCUUGAGCAUGACCGACCUGGCCGUGAAGCCAACCUCGCCGAGGUGUUUUCCCAGUGCAUCCGUCUGCCCUUGCUGGAUGAGGCCUUUCUCAGUCGGAUACCCGCCCCUUUCGCCUGCGCUCUGUCUCUCUCUAAAGACCCCGCUGAGGCAAAAGCUCGUCUCACCGGCACAAACGGCUGUCCACAGCGUCUGGGCAUGACAGCCUCCGAGAUGGUGAUCUGCUUCGACGCGGCCCAUAAACACUCAGGUAAGAAGCAGACGGUGCCUUGCCUGGACACGGCCACAGGACGGGUGUUCAAGCUCUGCAAGCCACCCAACGAUCUCAGAGAGGUCGGCAUCUUGGUGUCGCCGGAGAACGACAUCUACAUCGCCGGCGGCUACCGACCGAGCAACAGCGAGGUUUGCAUCGACCAUCGAGCGGAGAGUGACUUCUGGCAGUAUGAGCACGCAGGAAACCGAUGGCUUCCUCGUGCUCCUCUGCUGAGGGCGAGGAUAGGAUGCAGACUCGUGCACUGUUGCGGGAAACUUUACGCUCUAGGAGGCCGAGUUUACGAAGGGGACGGACGAAACGCGUUGAAGUCAGUGGAGUGUUACGAUGCCAGAGACAACUGUUGGAUGGCAGUCGGUCCAAUGCCAGUUGCCAUGGAGUUUCACAGUGCGGUGGAAUAUAAAGACCGGAUCUACGUCCUCCAAGGUGAAUGUUUCUUCUGCUACGACCCCCGUAAGGACUAUUGGAGCCAUCUAGCCCCAAUGAGCGUCCCUCGGAGUCAAGGUCUGGCUGCCUUGUAUAAGAACUGCAUCUACUACAUUGCUGGAAUUUGCAGGAACCACCAGCGCACCUUUACAGUGGAGGUCUAUGACAUAGAGAGCAACACAUGGAGCCGAAAGAGAGAUCUGCCCUUUGACCAAGCCACGAGCCCGUAUAUCAAGGCCAUGCUGCUGCAGGGAAAGCUGCACCUGUUCGUACGUGCCACGCAGGUCAUGGUGGAGGAGCAUGUGUUUCGCACCAGCCGCAAGAACUCCCUUUACCAGUACGACGACGAGGCAGACACGUGGACCAAAGUCUAUGAAACCCCCGACCGUCUUUGGGAUUUAGGUCGCCAUUUUGAAUGUGCGGUGGCCAAACUUUACCCACAGUGUCUACAGAAAGUGCUUUGAGCUAAACUAUGAACCGGAUCUUAUUGGGCGGUGCAGGGGAAGUGGUGUCGGUCCUGCCUGCCUUGUGCCUGGUGUUACCUUGGGUUUUACACCAUGCAGAUUGUUGUUUUUUUUUUCUGUUGAGUCUUAAGUUGUUCAAACUUUGAUUUAACAUGAUCAAAAUGGGGGUGGGUUUAAAGAUUGCAGUAUUUUUUUUUUUCUAGACAGCACCAACUACACACACUGAAGCAUGUUUAACAAAACCCUACAACAAAUCAUAAGUGCAAUUAUCCUAUUUUCACUUGUUGUUGAGCCAUGUUUGUCUGUUUUGUUUGAAAUUAAAAGUUAUUGAUUAUUAUAAUUUUUUUUAAUGUUUGGCAUGCUAAUGAGGGUGUUUGGAUGACAAAAUGCCAUCUGGAGCUAAGGAUGCUAUGUGUCACCAUAAAGUGAAAAUCUCUAUAUAUAAAUAACUAUAUAAACUCUAAAUUCAUACGGGUAAGGAGAGUACCAUAGCUCAUUACUUGGUUGCUAACGCGGAGGCUUGUUUGUGUGUGCGUGUGGUUUUGUUUUUGCAUUUGUCCAUGCCUCUCUUCAGCUUAUUUUUAAAUUGGUUUUAUUGUGAAGUGUGCUUGUGAUUUACGUUAUCCUAGUGUUUUAAAAUGCAGAGGCAUGUUUGAUAGUUUUAGGCAUGGGCUGGUACGAUAAUUCUAAAUUUAAAAGACAAAUGACUAAGAACUUAACUAUUUAAAAUGGAUAAAACUUUUCCAACUACUUCAAAAAUUAAAUUCACUAUUAGUUAUAGCUGUUUAUACCAUGUUGACAGUCAGGGGUAGAUGCAUUAAACAAGUGCCCAUUAUAUUUAGCAGUGGUUCACAACUUUGUGCAAAUAUUUAACAUUUUUGUCAUUCAACUAUUCUUCAAAUAACACAGGUUAGUCAGGCUAUCUGCUCUGGUGGCAAGUUUUAAAACCCACAUUUUUAAUGUCAGUUUUCUAUCAAACAAAGUCAACAGCUCCCCACGAUACGCUUUGAAUAUUUUCUAUUCAAUGCUUCAUCUAAAACAAUCCAAGACUGGAGUUCAGUAAUUCUUACCUUGGUGCAUUUCGGUGCAAUACACCAAUGUGUGUUAAAGGCGCCAGUUGACGUGCAUUUUGUGUUGAAGUGCACCAAGGUGUUCCCCUUUAGAGUGCUGGGUGGUGCUCCUUCUAUUUCACACGAGUGUUCUCGCUUUUUGUAAUGGGAAAUCUCAAAUGGAUCAACUUGUCUUGUGGUUAAGCAGUAGGGAAAAUCAAAAUCCUUGUUCCAACCAGGAUUGAUGGUGCAGAGCAACAGGUGGGAGAAGAGUCUAUGCUACACACAUCUGUAUGAAACUGGAAUUUGUCAGACCUCUUGUUGAAAAGGACGUCCACUUGUAUGAGAAAUAUCCCAUAAAACGUUCCAGAUCCUUGAAUCCUUAGUAGUUCAAAGCCUUGGCGUUCUAAUAACCGACCCAUGCCUAGAUUAUUUUAUGACCCCAUCUUCCUUCACAAGCAUCAGCAUAUAAAACCACAUUGUAUGGAACUAGAUCUUUUGUUUGUUUUUUUUGGAUACCAAUCGAAUGCGGCUCACACUUUUUGAGUUGGCAUCCGUUGUGUCAUAUGCAAAUAUAUUUUAACUUAAGUGAAGUCUUAGAGUAUUCACUCUCCACAUUGGAGAUAUAAGGACGGAGUCAAAUCUUUGUGCUAACACUAAGUGGCAAGUUCCGACCAACUAACAGGUUUACCUCAGAUUCAUCGGACGUGGAGAAAAGGGACGUCUUCAGGACGUUUUGUCUUGACAGAACAGCCGUGUAAAAAGCUCUGCUUGGCAUUCAGAUGUUCGAUUGGCUUUCGGCCUCGCGUUGUAAUUUUCUAGAAGGUUGACAAAAUGCCAUUAAAAAAAAAAAGCAUUUGAGGUCUUGUUAUAGUCGUUGUGGACAUUGAAACUAAUUUUGUGGUAGCAAUAAAUCAAGGAACUGUGAUUAGGCUUUAUCUUGUAUUACCUUAGUGCAUUAAUGUUUUUGUUUGCUUGUCUAUGCUUGUGGGGUGGGGGAAAUGGUAGUACUAGUACCGGUAAUUGUUUGGCUGUUCCAUGGGUGCAGACUUGGACUGAUGUGUAUUUUGGUGCAUAUUAUGUGUGAUGCCAAUGUGCCUGUGGCUAAAAAAAAAAAAAAAAGAGGGGGGCAUCCAAAUCCACAUCUCCUCACGAAGAACAUUUGAAAUGUCAGCUCAACAUUGCACUGAAUUACUAUUCACUUCGGUUGUCCUUAACUGCAAACUUUACGAUGUACCCUCAAACAAGACCUACUACGCAAGGGUCUGGAGUUUGUUCUAACAGCCAUGAAUCUUUUUUUUUUUUUUUUUACCACGCCGUCACUCGGGCACAAACUGUUGGUGCUGCUUUUUUAGACAAUCUUGUGUAAAAAGAAAAAAAAAAACCCACAAUCGACUUGUCCUCCCUGUCAAAGUGAUUUGAUUUUUUUUUUCCCCUCCAGUGCUCAGUUUUCUCAUGUCAUCGAAGCACUGCACGCGUUUGUUGUUGUUUUUUUUUGACAUUACCAGAAAAGAGUGCCCCUCUAUUUUCUAAAAGGUUUCAGUAAAUAUAUAGAGAUAUAGCAAUCAACAAGAAGGUUUACAUGGAAAUGAAUCUUUUAACGAGUCACAUUCAGCAAGAACUUUGAGGAUAUAUUUACUUCUCUGAGAGAAGGUCCGCUGUUCGAAAGACACUGAGCUGAUUUUAAUCACACUGCUUGAACAAUAACCUCCAAAAGACACUCCUUCACAAGUGAUCUGUGUGGUCCGAGCCCCUCUAACGCGGCUCCAACAUGGCCACUCGAGAACCAGGAACGGAGAACUCUCAGGAUUUCUACUGAUACACAGUACUGUAUUUAAUUUUGUUUUGUGAUGUGUAAUAUACUGUACUAUAGGUUUGCUGUACUUGCACAGUUUUCUAAACUUACGUUCAGUUUCUUUUAUAACUUGAAAAAAAAAAAAUAGAUGUGAUUUCCUUUUUCUCGUCUCAAGUGGCUGUUUUAUUUUCUUUCCUUAUGUGAUGAUCUAAUUUGUUGUUGUAGUGUAAUCCUCUUACGAGAAAAAAAAAACAAAAAAAAGAUUACCUGCACGAGUGCUAAAUUAGAUUUCUUUUUGUCCUGCCCUGUAGUACAUUAGCUUUUGUAACAUCUUGCUCCAUCUUUUGAUUAUUUUUAACACCAGUCUUGCCAUAACAACAAGCUAAAACAAACCGCUCUCUGUGUCAUAAGACGCUUUGUUCAGAUCAGCUCUUCGUAUUGUUCAUUGGUGCUAUUCCAUUGUUUUAAUUUCUUGUCCUUACUUUUACUUUAAAAUAUCUGUUUUGUUUUUUUUUCUUUGGGUUUCAGGUUAUAAUGGUUGUUGAGCUCAACUGUGAACUUCACAUUGCACAUAAAUGAAAAUAAUAAUAAUAAAAAAAAAUUUAUUAAGAUUGAA